AUGUUUAUAUCGACAAUUCAAACUUUCUCAAAAUAUCAUAGAUCAUCACUACGACUACUUCAUAACAACAGCAAUACUAUUCUAUCAUCAAUAACACAUCCUUUUACCAAUAAAAUAAUGUCUAAUAACAGUAAAAAACAAGCUACUUUAGCUCGAUUCUUCACUUCCAUAAAGAAAACAGAGCCUACUUUAGAAAAAGAGGAAAAAUUUGAACCUAUUCAAAAAUCAAAUGCUAGAGUAUCAGAAAUGUCAAAUGAAUCUCCAAUUAAAAAACCAAAGAUUGAAUAUACACCAGAGGCUCAAACAAUUACUCCCCAAGAGAAAAAGAAUACUGAUGGUCCAUUUGUCUCGAAGGUUCCUUACAAUGAUCUAUGUUCUUUAUUUGAAGAAAUAGAAAAAACAUCUUCAAGAUUAUCUAUCAUUAAACUUUGUUCAGAUUUCAUGAUCAAAAUAAUGAAAGAGGACAACAGAAAUUUAAUUCCAGUGACCUAUUUAUGUAUUAAUAAAUUAGGUCCUGACUAUAUGCCGGGUAUGGAAUUAGGUUUAGGGGAAGGGUUAUUAAUGAAAACCAUUAGUGAAUCAUGUGGUAAAUCAUUAUCACAAGUUAAACUGGAGUAUAAGGAUACUGGGGAUUUAGGUCAAGUAGCAAUGACUGCAAGAAGUAUCCAGCCUACUAUGUUUAAACCCAAACCUUUAACAGUUGGUGAAGUAUUUCAAAAUUUACAAUUAAUUGCAUCAUCACAAGGGAAGGAUUCACAAACAAGAAAGAUAAAAUUGAUUAAGAGAAUGCUUACGGCAUGCGAAGGUGUAGAGGCCAAAUUUCUAAUCAGGUCAUUAGAAUCAAAACUUCGAAUUGGUUUAGCAGAGAAGUCUGUACUAAUAUCAUUAUCAAAGGCCCUUUUGGUGAACGAAUACGAACAAAACAAAAAUAUUGAUACAGAACUUAUUGAAACCGCCGAACAAAAGAUUAGAAAUGCAUUUUGCCAAGUUCCAAAUUAUGAAAUUAUUAUUAAUUCAUGUCUAGAAUAUGGUAUAAUGGAAUUGGAGACACAUUGUUCAUUAAGACCCGGUAUUCCAUUAAAACCUAUGUUGGCCAAGCCAACUAAAGCAAUCACAGAAGUGUUAGAUACUUUUCAAGGACAACAUUUUACAUCCGAGUAUAAAUAUGAUGGUGAAAGAGCUCAAGUGCAUUUGAUGCCAGACGGAACUAUGAGAAUAUAUUCACGUAAUGGUGAAAAUAUGACAGAGAGAUACCCUGAAAUUAACAUCCAUGAUUUCGUUAAGGAUAGUGAUGAGACUAAGACUCUAAUUUUGGAUUGUGAAGCUGUUGCAUGGGAUAAAGAACAAGAAAAGAUUUUACCAUUCCAGGUGUUAAGCACUAGAAAACGUAAAGGUGUUGACAUUAAGGAUAUCAAAGUCAGAGUAUGUCUGUUUGCAUUUGACAUAUUAUGUCUCAAUGAUACUAAGUUAAUUAACCAUCCAUUAAGAGAAAGAAGAGAAAUAUUACACUCUGUAACCAAGAUGGUUCCUGGUGAGUUCCAGUAUGCCACAGAACUAACUACUAAUAACAUAGAAGAGUUACAAAAAUUCCUUGACGAAUCUGUCAAUCAUUCUUGUGAAGGCUUGAUGGUUAAAAUGUUAGACGGUGAAGAAUCGCAAUAUGAACCAAGUAAAAGAUCUCGUAAUUGGUUGAAAUUGAAGAAAGAUUAUCUAGACGGUGUUGGUGAUUCCUUAGAUUUAUGCGUCCUAGGUGCCUUUUUCGGGAAAGGUAAACGUACAGGUAAAUAUGGUGGUUUCCUCCUAGGUUGUUAUAAUCAAGACACAGGAGAGUUCGAAACUGCCUGUAAGAUUGGUACUGGGUUUUCAGAUGAAUUAUUGCAACAGUUAUACGAUAGAUUAAGCCCGACAGUAAUUGAUGGUCCUAAAGCCACAUAUGUAUUUGAUGCCAGUGCCGAACCAGAUGUAUGGUUUGAACCUACAGUGCUAUUCGAGGUGUUAACUGCUGAUUUAUCUCUUUCACCUAUCUACAAAGCAGGUAGUGCCACCCAAGAUCGUGGUAUUUCGUUAAGAUUCCCUAGAUUUAUUCGUUUAAGAGACGAUAAAGGAGUUGAAGAUGCUACAUCUUCAGAACAAGUAAUAGAAUUCUACGAAAGUCAAACUCAUAUACAGAAUUAA